AUGGCAAUCCUCUGCAGUGCGGGUCGGCUAAGUCCAGCCAGACUGGAGCGAGGAGGUAGAGGAGCGGCACAAGCGGAGGUCGCCGACAACGACACUGGUCCCAGGACACGGGCGGAGGGAGAAGGAGCACAGGUGGAGGAGACAGUGGAGAUGAGAGACGCACCAGCAGAGGAGGGCGGAGCGGGACAGGACACGGACAGCACUGAGGAGAUGGACAGCUGA